AUGACCGCCGCCACUGAUCUCGCCGACACCGCCUCCGUACCCGCCACGGCAUGGGGCCGCGAUACUGAACUGCGCCACCGUGCGCAGGUGCGUGGCUGGCUCUAUUUCACCGCGCUGGUUCUUUUGGUCCUCGUCGUCGUCGGUGGCGCGACCCGGCUCACCGAUUCCGGCCUGUCGAUCACCGAAUGGGCGCCGAUCCACGGUGUGAUCCCGCCGCUGACAGAAGCGCAAUGGCAAGAGGAACUGGAGCGCUACCGGCAGAUCCCCGAGUACCAGCUGGUGAACAAGGGCAUGUCGAUGGCCGAGUUCCAGUUCAUCUACUGGUGGGAAUGGGGCCAUCGUUUCCUUGCGCGCACGCUCGGCCUCGUCUUUGCCGUCCCGCUCGCCUUCUUCUGGCUGGCCGGACGGCUCGACCGGCGACUGAAAUGGCCGCUCGUGGGUCUUCUUGCGCUUGGCGGCCUGCAAGGCUUCAUCGGCUGGUGGAUGGUCUCGUCAGGGCUGACAGAGCGCGUCGAUGUCAGCCAUUAUCGUCUUGCCGUGCAUCUGUGCAUGGCCGCGCUGAUCCUGGGCGGCAUCGUCUGGGUGGGGCGCGCGAUCGCGCCGCAUGCGCCCGAUCUCAAGCCGACGGCGAACUCCUCGCUCUGGGCCGGCGUCAUCGCCGGUCUGGUCUUCGUCCAGAUCUAUCUGGGCGCGCUCGUCGCGGGUCUCGAUGCGGGCUGGGUCUACAAUGAAUGGCCGAUGAUGGGCGAGGGGCUGUUCCCGACCAUCAUGUGGGAGCCGACGCUGGGCUGGCGCAACUGGGUGGAAAACCCAGCCAUCGUCCAGUUCGCCCACCGCACCGGCGCGUAUGCGCUGCUGCUGGUGGUGAUCGCGCACGCCAUCUCCUGCUGGCGCUGGGCGCCGGGCUCGACCCAUGCGCGCCGUGCGGCUACGCUGCUUGCGCUGGUGGUCGGCCAGGCGCUGGUCGGCAUCGUCACGCUGGUGAUGGAAGUGCCGCUUUCCUGGGCGCUGGUCCAUCAGGGACUGGCCUUCUUCGUGCUGGCCUUUGCGGUGGCCCACUGGCGGGCCAUGGUCGGCCCCAUGCCGCUUCUGGACGGCCGGCCGCACCGGCACGCCUGA